UGCCACAAAUGUUUUUAAGUCAACAAAACCAGAAAGAAAAAAAAAAAAAAAACUUAAAAAAUAUCAAGUUUUGAAUUGCGCAAAAAUUCCGGGAGCAGAUUUCUGAAUUCUGUUGGAUCUUUCAUCUUUGUGCGAAUUGUUGCCUGUUUCAAAUACAAAACACAACCGCACUGCUGCUCCGGCAUCUAAGCUUCUAAUUCCGGUGACACAAAUAAUCAAAUGUUUGAACCAGUCCGUUGUUCGGAGCUUGAAGCAGAUGUUAUUCUGCCACCAAGACACAAGUUUGUUAACACCAAGAGAGGUUCAUGUUUUUCCGAAAUAAGUUUCGAUGAUCUUCCAUUGGAGUUUUCUCAGGUUAAGGACGAGCCACAUAAGUGUAAGCUAGAGGAUCCGCAACAUGAUAAAGACGGCUCCAAGACUGUUGGGGAAGGGCUUCCUAAUGAUAUCACCGAUGUUUCUCCUAUCAAAACGCGACUGAAAGAAACUAGAUGUCAACCAGGAUCAAGAUUCGACAUGAGUAAAUACAGUGAACUUCAAAACAGUGAGCAACUUCUAUUUGACAAGUGGCGGGAGCAGAAAUUGAUUAACUCAGGUGGUUUAUCGCUUUGUAGAAAUGCGUUCAACUUUUAGAUCUGCUCCAGAUGGAUCAAUACCGAACAUUUCACACGUGCUAUGACUGUAGAACGGGUUUGACCAAAUGUUUAUCCUUCAACCGAACAAAUUCUACUAGUAGAGACAUUUAAUGAUUUCGUUUACAUGUUUGCUUUCAAAAUUGUACUCAGUUGAAGUUGAACAUAUAAAAAUUAUGUUUUUGGGAAUAACUUUAUGUAUAACAAAACCAACUAGUGGAAGUAUUAAGAAAACUAUGUUUUGUUGGAGUCUUUUCAUAAGGAAAAGAACUCUCCAAAAAUAGGCGUAUGCCAUUUGAAAGCAACGAGCACACGGUAUUCUUUAGUAAAAGGCGAAAGAAUAGUUCGCUUUGUGCUCAUUGCAUGGC